AUGGCUAGCGAGCACCCGAGCACAACACCCGGCUCCGGCCACGUCGUUCAAGACGACGAGGAAUAUGAACAUAGUCGGCUGCUCUCCUACGACGAGUCCCCACGAGACGCCUCUCCCGACAGCGACAUCGUAGUUCAUGCUGCUUCCAACUCGCACUCACCGCGUCCACCUUCUUUCCCGCCUAGGAGGCAGUCUUCGUUCGCCCAACCACGCCCUGCCGGCACUCCUCGAACAACAAACCGUGUCCACUUCGACAUUGAAGAUUCAAUCCGUNNGGUAGUCUCGACAAUCGAGAGGAGGCACAAUGCCGGCCAACGUGCUNNCCCCCUUCUGACAGGCAUCGAGGCCCCAGCUGUCACCCUGGCCGAGUCUGACUUUGACCCUCAUGAACUUCUGGAGAGUGCUCGUCCCAAGAGUUCCAUGUCUAGCGCCUUUAUGAACAUGGCCAAUAUNGGUGCCGGCAUCAUUGGACAACCUUACGCUCUUCGCCAAGCCGGUCUGCUUACCGGUGUCAUCCUCCUCAUCAUCUUGACCGUCACCGUUGAUUGGACCAUCCGUCUGAUUGUCACAAACUCCAAGCUUAGUGGUACCAACUCCUUCCAGGCAACAGUCGAGCAUUGCUUUGGCAAGUCCGGCCUUGUUGCUAUCUCCGUUGCACAAUGGGCCUUUCGUGUUCAUCAUGGGCAUUUCAUACCCUUUCUCCUUCUUGCAAAAGCUAGUUCGCUCGCCCUCUUCAGUAUGCUCAUCAUUGUCAUCACCGUCAUCACACAAGGGCCAAGAGUUCCUGCCGAGAUGAAAGGCCCACUCAAAGGAUCCCUAAUAAUUAACAACGGCGUUUUCCAGGCCAUCGGUGUUAUAUCCUUCGCGUUCGUCUGCCGUAUUCUACUCAUCUAUGGAUCAUUGCAGAAGCCGACCAUGGAUCGCUUUGCAAAGGUCACCCACUACUCAACCAGUAUCUCAAUGCUUGCCUGUCUCGCAAUGGCCCUGUCCGGCUACCUGAAUUUCGGGAGCUUAACUCAGGGCAAUGUCCUCAAUAACUUUCCUACAGACAAUAUAUUGGUCAACAUUGCCAGACUAUGCUUCGGUCUCAACAUGCUCACCACAUUACCUUUGGAGGCCUUCGUCUGCAGAGAGGUCAUGAACCUCUACUAUUUCUCCCACGAGCCCUUUGACCCCAACCGUCACCUUAUCCUCACCACUGCAUUGGUUGUCUCAUCUAUGGGACUCAGUUUACUGACCUGCGACCUUGGCAUCGUGUUUGAGCUCGUUGGUGCCACCAGUGCUUGCGCCCUUGCUUACAUCUUGCCGCCAUUGUGCUAUGUCAAGCUCACCCAACGCAGAACGUGGGAGACGUACGCUGCAUACGUCUGCAUAGUUUUUGGUUGCAUUGUCAUGAGCAUUAGCGUUUUGCUUGCUGGCGCCAAGAUGGCCAGGGGUGAAGGUGGUGCACAGAGCUGUUAG